CACAGCAGGAUCUCGGUAUUGUGGCUUCUGUGUUUGACACCCUAUAACAUCUUUGCAACUUCGAGAGACAGUCAAAUACUAUCCGUCAAAAUCAUGGAUCACGUCGACAGUCACUUGGCUCACCAAGCCAGCCAAGAAAACGUAUCCUUCUUCACACCUCUCAAUCUCGUCCUUAUCUGCGCCGUCCUCUACACAACUUAUGCCCUCAUGCGCUCCUCGCCACCGCCUUCGCUUCCCCGCGACACUCCAUCAACCGUGUUCCGAACAUACAACCCCCACACACUCCUCCCCUUCAACGGCGAGGAGGGACGCCCUGUCUAUCUCGCUGUUCGCGGUCGUGUUUUCGACGUCUCACCUGGCCGCAACUUCUACGGCCCUGGUGGUCCGUACAGCAACUUUGCCGGCAGGGAUGCGAGUCGAGGUCUUGCAUGCGGCAGCUUCGAUGAGGAUAUGCUGACCAAGGAUCUUAAUGCUCCGCUCGAUAAACUUGAGGGAUUGGACGAGGAGCAGAUGGAUGCGCUGCGGGGCUGGGAGGAGAGAUUCUUGGAGAAGUACAAUGUUGUUGGAAAGCUAGUUUCUAUGCAAGACUACGAGGCGCAGAAGGCUUAAGUCAUGUAGGGACGUCAUCGCGACGAGACUAGGUUCCCAGACAUACAGACAUACAGAACGCAUAGAACGGAUACCAUGUCACAGUAAACCUAUGGUGGGACAUAUCAUAUCAGGGCACAUAUGUGACUUGCAUUCCUUC